AUGGGAAGAAAACCAGUUUUGCCGGUUGAAUUAGAAGAGGAGCUGGCAAACUAUUGCAUGCAAAUGGAUAAGAAUUACUAUGGCGUCACUGCUGCUGAUUUAAAACGAAUGGCUUUCCAACUGGUUCUCAGGAAUAAUAUUCCACAUCCAUUUUCACUGCCCAAGAAGAAAGCGGGAAAAAAAUGGAUGAAGUUAUUUAUGGCUCGUCAUCCUGCAUUGUCUUUCCGUAAGCCAGAGUCUUUAUCAAAAGCUCGUGUACAAGGUUUUACUGCAGAAAACGUUAAGACUUUUUUUGAAUUAUUGAAGCCUGAACUGCAGAAGAUUAACUUCAACCCCAAUAAAAUAUUUAAUGUGGACGAAACAGGAAUAACCACUGUACAGCAUAAAGUUAGAAAAAUCCUGACUAUGAAAGGCAAAAGAGAAGUUCACAAGUUGUCAUCUGCUGAAAGGGGAGCAUUAGUAACUAUUGUAACUUGUAUGUCAGCUUCUGGUCAGUUCAUUCCUCCGCUAAUGGUGUUUCCAAGAAAAAACAUGAAAGCUGAACUACUAGAUGGAGCACCCCCAGUCACCAUUGGUGGAUGCCAUCCAUCCGGUUGGAUACAGCCUGAGCUGUUCACAAAAUGGCUGAUACAUUUCAUGUCCAUAGUGAAACCAUCUAAAAAAGACCCUGUCUUGCUCAUAUUAGAUGGACAUUACAGUCAUACUAGAAAUUUAGAUGUAAUCGACAUUGCACGUGACAAUGGUAUAAUUAUAAUCUGCCUCCCACCGCAUUCAACUGAUCGUAUGCAGCCUUUAGAUGUCUCAUUUAUGUUUCCUCUAAAAACAUACUACGCCCAAGAGAUUGAAAACUGGUUGACCAAUCAUCCAGGGCGGGUUGUUACUCACUACCAAAUUGGAGAAAUAUUUGGAAAAGCUUAUGCUAAAGCUUGUAAAAUCGAUACAGCAGUAAAUGGAUUUCGAAAAACAGGAAUAUUUCCAAUUAAUGAAAACAUUUUCGUCGACUCACCACAUGCUCCAUCUUCAUCAGGUGCAAACAACACAACACCUUUGGCAAAUGACAACACAACACCUUUGGCAAAUGACAUCUCACUACCUUCAACUUCCACAAGGUCAAGACCAAUAACACCGACUCCAUUACCACUAUCAGGUAACUCUUCAUUCCCAUUUAUUGUUCUAGCUGAUGUGCAGCCUAUUCCAACUAUCGAACUACCCUCAACCUCAACUAGACGUGGCCAAGCUAUGAUAGUCACGGCUUCUCCACAUAAACAAGAAAUAAUGGAUGCAGAAAAGAAGCGGAAGGAGAAGGAUGAAAGACUGGCAGGAAAAAAAAGAGGAUUGUAA